CGCAGGGUCCCCUCCCCGGCCGCCCCCCGCCCACGGGCCGCCCCCCGGGCCCCGCGUCCCCUCCCCCGCUGGUGGGGCCCGGACAGAAGAUGGUGCAGAAGAAAACAGCCGAACUUCAGGGCUUCCACCGUUCGUUCAAGGGGCAGAAUCCUUUCGAGCUGGCCUUCUCCCUAGACCAGGCGCACCACGGGGAGGCGGACUUCAGCCUGGAGUGCCCGGCCCGCCCUGAUAUGCCCUCGAGCCAGCCCAUCGACAUCCCCGAUGCCAAGAAGAGGGGCAAGAAAAAGAAGCGGUGCCGGGCCACCGACAGCUUCUCGGGCCGCUUCGAAGAUGUCUACCAGCUGCAGGAGGACGUGCUCGGGGAGGGUGCCCACGCCCGCGUGCAAACCUGCGUCAACCUCAUCACCAACCAGGAGUACGCCGUCAAGAUCAUCGAGAAGCAGCCGGGCCACAUUCGGAGCAGGGUUUUCCGGGAGGUGGAGAUGUUGUAUCAGUGCCAGGGACACAGGAACGUUCUAGAGUUGAUCGAGUUCUUCGAGGAGGAAGACCGCUUCUAUCUGGUGUUUGAGAAGAUGCGAGGGGGCUCCAUCCUGAGCCACAUCCACAAGCGGCGGCACUUUAAUGAGCUGGAGGCCAGCGUGGUCGUGCAGGACGUGGCCAGCGCCCUGGACUUCCUGCACAACAAAGGCAUCGCCCACAGGGACCUAAAGCCCGAGAACAUCCUCUGUGAGCACCCCAACCAGGUCUCCCCGGUGAAGAUUUGUGACUUCGACCUGGGCAGCGGCAUCAAACUCAACGGGGACUGCUCGCCCAUCUCCACCCCGGAGCUGCUCACCCCGUGCGGCUCUGCCGAGUACAUGGCCCCCGAGGUGGUGGAGGCCUUCAGCGAGGAGGCCAGCAUCUACGACAAGCGCUGCGAUCUCUGGAGCCUGGGCGUCAUCCUCUACAUCCUGCUCAGCGGCUACCCGCCCUUCGUGGGCCACUGCGGCAGCGACUGCGGCUGGGACCGCGGCGAGGCCUGCCCGGCCUGCCAGAACAUGCUGUUUGAGAGCAUCCAAGAGGGCAAGUACGAGUUUCCCGACAAGGACUGGGCCCACAUCUCCUUCGCCGCCAAAGACCUCAUCUCCAAGCUCCUCGUCCGCGACGCCAAGCAGCGGCUCAGUGCUGCGCAGGUCCUGCAGCACCCCUGGGUGCGGGGGUGCGCCCCGGAGAACACGCUGCCCACACCCAUGGUCCUGCAGAGGAACAGCUGUGCCAAAGACCUCACGUCGUUCGCGGCCGAGGCCAUCGCCAUGAACCGGCAGCUGGCCCAGCGCGAGGAGGACGCGGCCGAGGAGGCGGGGCAGGGCCAGCCCGUGGUCAUCAGAGCUACCUCACGCUGCCUGCAGCUGUCCCCACCCUCGCAGUCCAAGCUGGCCCAGCGGCGGCAGCGAGCCAGCCUGUCCGCGGCCCCCGUGGUCCUGGUGGGAGACCACGCGUGAUCCCCUCCCUCCCUCCCUCCCUCCCUCCCUCCCUCUGUACAUAGGUGCCCCCACCCCCAUCAAAUCUAAAGAUUUUUUUAAGCUAUUGCCAGCCGGUGACCAGCAGGCUGCCCUUCCCCCCGGCUGGAUCCCGAGGCGCCGAGCUCCACUGGGGGGGUCUUUUUAUAUGAGGUUUUUGCUCUGGGUUUUUUCCUCGUUCUCUGCGCCCCCUCCAUUUUUCUCUCCUCUUAACGGUGUUUAAAGCAGAGCAGGCCCGGGGCUGGCAGGGGGAGUGGGGCGUGUGGCUGGGUCUGCCGCCCGCUGCCCGCUGCUCGCCUGUACUGUGAAAGGCCCCCGCUGCCCCCACCGCCCCCCCGACGUGACUCAGGAGAGGAGGGCGUCGGCCGUCUUCCAGACCCCGGGGCGCAGGAGGCCCCAUGCCUGCCCCUCCCCGGCCCUCACAGUAUUUUCAGGGAUGGGCCCCCCUCGGCGCCCCCCUCAUGGGACGGCGGGUCCUUCUUCCCUCCCCCAAAGACAGCCCGACGGCUUGGUGGGCACCGGGGCAUCUCAGGUCUCCCCUGUGGCAGGAGGGGGGUCUGGGUGCAGGCAGGCAGGGCGGACGGCCGCCGGACCCCCCCCACUGACUGACAAUCGGGGCUCCCUUGAACCUUGACCUUAAGCUGCAGCUGACGGGGGCCGCCCCCACUGCCCGCUCCACCAGGGGCUCUGCCCCCCAGGAGGGUGGCCCCGAGCAAGUGGGAGGGGCUGGACAGGCACCCGUCAGCCAACGUGGGGGUCCCGCUGACCCCCUCCCCGGGCACCCGAGUGCCCUUCUCAGGGCUCAGUCUGACCAUGGCCACGUCCUGCCCCUCUCACCCUCGGGGCUGGUGUGAGCGCUGUCAGCCCCUCCUGGAGCAGGGCCAACCUGGGGCAAGGCUUCUGCUCCGCCCACCUUCAGGAAAACGGCUGCAGCUGCCACCACCCCCUCCCCCGGGCACCCCUCCGAACGCCCCAGCGCACAGGUCACACGUGCGUGACCCCGUGACCCCCGGCCUUGGCCACCGCACCCCACCCCGGUCCUGGGGCGGUGACACUAUGCAAUACAGGCUUCCUUUUCUCCGUGCCCCACGGGCAGCCUGGCCCCGUGGUCUGGGCAGGGCUCCCGCCGCCCGGCCGACGGCUUCUAGUUGUUCAUCCCAUUCUGUUAGUUUUUGUAAAAACAUCGGUUGACUUCCCUUCCUCGUUGUUAAGAAAUACUUGAAUGUCGGGGGGGGCCUCCUGGGUUGGGGGGCUGGGAUGCCGUCACUGCAGCCCCUCGAGUCUCGUUCGAUUGUCGCAGGUCAUGGGGGCCGCCGGCCCUCCCGGCCCCCGCCCGCCCGGAUCUGUGGACUGGCCUUCCCAAAGACACGGGGUGGGACCGCCCCACCCCUCCACGGCUCACCCGCCAGCGACCCCACGUUUCGCAACUGGGGAGUCCGCCUUUUUGUAAAAAGACGCAACAGGCGCUGUGUCCAUGUUCCUUUGGAAAGCUGGGCUAUGAGCAGCUGUGUUUUUUGUUUCUGUUUUUGUUUUUGUUUUUUUCUUUUCCCCAAAGGUGGGACAGCCACUUCCUCCUCCCCCAUCACUUCGACGGGGCGGCUGGGGGAGCUGGUCCGAACCCUUAACUGUGAACGAGCGGCCGGGUCCCAGGCCGCCCUGGCGCGGGGGGCACGGCAGUGUUUCGAUGUUAAGAAGUGUGAAAAAAGACAAAAAAAAAAAACUCGAAUUUUUUUUAAAAGUGGGGGAAAAACAUCAAAGCACUUUAAACUCCACUGUACCAGGCAAACUGAUACAGCUCAGAAGGUUUCCUUUACAACCAACUGUCAAAGCCGGAAUUUUGUAUUCUGUUUUGUAAGGAUUUAAUAAAACCAUAAAAACUCG